CCCACGAGCGCCUAGUCCCAGCUCUCGCUUCUCACAUUUCAAACACUGCCAGAUACUCGUAUCGCGAAUUACGACCGGCCAGUGUGUCUCCCAGCCGCUGCGGAUUGGGUUCCAGGCAAUAUUUCAUUACGAGCUGGGCCUUAAUUAAACUCUUAACGCAAUGCUGCAGACUGUUCCGCAGAAUUCGGCCGACCCCAUCCUGGGAAUGAUGUCCCACGGGGGACACCACCUGUUACAGCACCACCACCACCAUCAUCAACGACAACCGCACCAGCACCACCAGCACCAUCAGUACCAGUACGACUGGACAAAGUACAUCUGCCAGGAUAGUUCGGAACACGAGGAGAGUUACGACAAGCCCGACAAGAGGAAGGAACAGCGAAUACGAAGACCCAUGAAUGCCUUCAUGGUUUGGGCCAAGGUGGAGAGGAAGAAACUGGCAGACGAAAACCCAGAUAUCCAUAACGCUGAUCUCAGCAAAAUUCUAGGAAAGCACUGGAAGAACCUGCGAGUCGAAGAGAAGAGACCGUUUGUCGAAGAGGCGGAGCGACUUCGUGUCCAGCUUCUUGUCGAUCACCCGGAUUACAAGUACCGGCCUCGGAGACGGAAACACCCGAAGCGCAUCUGCAAGAGAGCGUCAGGUUUGUCGCCCCAUCAUGACGUCAGAUCCGACAUGACUUCCGCCAAACUGGCCGACUCGAGAGGUCAGCACGUGAAUCAGGCGUCUGCUCCACUGAACGGUCAUCAGUCGUCCCUGGGAUUCCACGGGUCACCGAGCAGCGCCGCCAGUGUCACGGCGCCCAUUCUCUCCAACCUCCUCAACACCCCGGAGUCGUCUCCCCCUUCCAGUCCCGACAGUGACGACAGCAAACCACGGAGCAACCUGAGAACAUCGCCCAGAGACGACAACAAACUGAUGCACGUCUACUACGAAGACAUCCUUAGUUCUAACGGAUUACUUACUCCCGACCGAUCUCCUAUGGAAGCUGGAGAGAGUGUGUUUAAAUUCCCGCCACAGCCUUCUAACGAGGAUCACGGAAAAGCAGACGUGAAAACCUCGUCCUCUUACUCGGAACUGUUGCGGAAGUUCAGCAGUGGCAAUGUGAGUCUGUUCGGACGAUUCGGCAGCAGCUACACGCCGACCCCGACCAGUAUCAACCUGACCUCGUCGUCUGACAACCUGGUGACCUUGAGAAAGCUGGUCAGUCAGACGAGCACGUCUGGGUGUCACUACAGCCAGCGUCCCAAGCCGUCUGUUACCUCGCCCCACCACGAACCUCCUCCUCUCAGACACCUGGGACAGCCGAAACCACACGUCCUUCCACACGGCAGCUGUUUCGUCACGCCCUCAGACACCAUGGCCGAGGGAGACAUUUUAGAAAAGUUUUCAGAGGUCGAGAGGUUGGCUGACGUGGACAGGAGUGAGUUUGAUCAGUAUUUGUACGGUAGCCCGGCCAACUCGUCAUCACAGAGCGGGUUUCUUCUCGGAUGUUCGUCUUCUGUAUCUAAUUUCACCAACCAGAUGAAUGGCGGUGUGGACAUGAGCCAACUGGACUUGAAACCAAAUCUUGCGAAUAUCUGCAGCGGUCAACCGGAAGUCUGCAAUAUGGACGACGGGUAUUCUUCGUACGCCUACGACUUUGGUGCUUGUAUCGUGUCUGCCCUUACCACGUCUGCCUCGUUUUAGACUCAAAAACGAUAUUUUACAAGUAUGUUAUUCGAAAACCAUCGAAUGUCGCAAAAGUAUGAUUUUAUUAUAAGCAUAAUAUUUUGUAAAAAAUGUUGAACAACGUCAACGAAAUAUUGUUCAUGCCUCGUGCCACAAACUAGUGCCAUAUCAGCAUUAAUAAGACUAUGGAACAUUAAAACAACGAAUUGUGGCGGCCGACAUUUUAAUUACCGUCCAUGAUGUGUCGAACAUUUGAACGGGAUCCGAGCGGUGUCGAACUAUACCGAGAAAUCCCGAACAAUACCGAGAAACCCGAACAAUGCUCGCCAGUUCCGAACAAUACGAGAGACUAUCCAUUUUUGUAAAAUUUAUAACUGUUUUCUGCCGACCUGGCGGUGUCAAGUUCAUGAAGACACUGGUUUGUGUUAUCCGAUAAACGGUGGAAUGUUGUGAAUUCUUUGUCUAGUAGUGCGGUGCGUGGCACUAACAGCGGGAUGGGACUGGCGGAAUGUGAUCUCAAUAUACGCGGAAUGGCGGCUCGGUAUUGGGGCAUUAGGCCAUGGACACAACAGUCGGCCCGUUGGGGCGCCCCACAAGUUAGUGUAAGCAACUUGUGUCUAACGGUUUCAUGUAGGACGCCCUUCAAGUCCACAUGAGUAUGAAACGCCCCUGUACAUUACUUAGAGGUCUUGUGCUCGACAGAAAGACGAAAAUUGCAUUUCUCCAGAAAUGAUUCUUUUAUUUAAUAAUUGUUGACUGUCAAUCAUGAAAAACUAGCAAUAUGAAAUGUACUGUAUAUCAUUUCUUCAUGGUCUCAACUUAAAGCUAUAUAUGUAAUUUAUUCACACAGCCUGACGUGUAAUAUAAACUAUAUACCCCGAUCUGUUAGAGCAAUCUCAGUGUAUAUAUCAAAUCGAAAUUCUCAAAACAAAUAUCUGCGGUCACGUGUGCCCUGGUGCCUUUUGGUGGACAUUUUAUUCCGCGAUUGCGUGUGCCUUCACGCCCCCUGGCGGAUAUUUUUCUUCUGUGGUCACGUGUACCUUUAAUAAUAUUCGUCAUCUCGACUGUACAUACACAUAUAAAUUAUUCAAAUGCUAAACACAUCACAGGCAAGUUUUGUAGUUUGGCCAGAUUUACCAUAUAUACAGUAAUAAUUUUCGAUGUAUCUAAUAUUUGCGAAAUUUAAUAAAUAAAUUUACACAUUUUUGUA